UAUCUGUACUUAGCCUUAAUUAUUAAACUUUUUCUUACAUUAAGUAUUUCAUUUCUCAUAUCACAAUUUUUGAAUCACUGCUGCUUGAACUAUUUAAUAUCGGGAUAUUUUGUUUCAUUUUUAUCCCUUUUUCCUUUUCUAUACUUGGGUUAUGUGGUACGAGAUUUUACCAGGAUUUGGCAUUAUAUGCGGAUGUGUUGUCGCGUCUGGCUUAGCUAUAAAAACAAUCGAUAAACUUUUCCAUGGAAAGGUAUGUUCAGACGUUCAGUCACUUCAGUGAAAUUUACUGAAAUGAUUAAAAUUCUUAUGAGGAGUAGCUUUAAUAACUUUAUUUGCUAGUAAUAUAUCAAAUUUGGUCAAAUAUUUCAAUUUAAUUGGGUGGUAAAUUGAAAAAAUAAAGGAUGCGUAGCCAGGAUGGGGUGAAUAGGUUUUCGAAUCGGAUUUCACAGAAAAAAUUGUCUGGAUUUCGGAUCUGGCAAAUGUUUUACACAGAUUUCGGAUCUUAUUAAUACAGCAGAUUGCGGAUUUAUCUAAUAUUUUGGCUUGGAUCGCGGAUUUUGCUUCAAAUCGGCCAGACUGGAAAGUUUGUACUGCGCAACCAAGAUCUCGGUUGCACACCUUUUUCAAAAUGCGCGUCCAGAUGCGCAAAUUUCAAAAAUCUGUUGUCAAACGCGCAGUUUCAAAAUUAGGCGCAGGUGAAAUUGAAAAUGCGCAAUUUUUCAAGUGUGUGCGCGCAUGAAAUUAAAAUUGUGCUAUUUUUCAAGCGCGCCCUGCAUGAGACAAAUUAGCGCGCAGGAGAAAUGUCGUGAGACACAGGAAAUCUGCAAUUUUAUGUGCGUCUCAAAUUUACACAUGCCAGCGCCGCCGCAAAUUUUAGCUGUUAUGUGUGAUCAAUGUGGUAUUGGUAUGGUGAAAAUUCAUUUCCAACGAGGCACAAUAAUAACCAAUAAACAUCAGCCAUUCCGAAAUUUGAUCUAAUUGUAUUUCGGCUGUCUUUUGGUUUUGGCUUUUCAAGGCGAACAUCGACCAUUGAGGGUCUUUGCUGUUGUUCCACGGCGAUCAUUCAUCAAGAGACUAUUGAAUAAUUUCUGCGAGGUAAAUGUAGUGUUGUAAAUUGUUUCAUGUUUUUGUGUCGCACUUUAUGGAAAUGUCAAAUUUGUAUUCUGUAUUAUCAGAAGCUGAAUUGUCUACAAAUAUACAAUAACACAUUACACAUAUAUAAUACACUAGCGCGUGUUGUUCAGGAUGGAAUGAUUCAAUUUCGAAAUGUUGAAAUGCACUACAACUGAAUAACAGAAUAAGGAAUUAUUUAUAAAGGAAUCAUUUAUAAAUUAUAAAUAUAAUCAUGACAGCAGUCAGCGUCUCAGUGUGCCAAAUUGCCAACUUCGGUAAAUAACUGAAUUUGAGAGGGCCUAACUCAUCCAUUUAUACCAUAUCUGCUAACAUACUUGAUACUUCAUGAAGUAUGAUACCGAUAUAUCAUACAGCCAGAAUAUUCAAUCGGACAAUUGCAGCCAAUCAGUUCGGAUAAAUUGAAGUAUGCGACCCCCCAUAAGUUACUUCGCCAAAGAACUGCUUUUUCUUUAGAUUGAUGUCCAAUAUCCAUGAUCGGAGUCCGAUUGAUCCGAUGGACAAACAUGUCUACCGUCAGAGAAUAGUUUGUCCGAUGGACAAAUAUACGUAGACAAAUAUAUAGCAUAACGUGAUAUUAAUUUAUAAUAUAAGGACUAUUACAACAGUCAGGCAUGACAUAUAGGUCGGACCGUUAUAUUUUCGAAAUGUUUUUUUGUGUGCAUGUUGGAAAGACAUGCACAAAACUUUUACCGAUGGUGAAAUGACGUCAUUUGAAUGCCAGGGUUGCAAAGUAAAGAGCCUGGGCAGGAGGCUAUGCCACAAUGUAAGUGGCAAAUGUCAGAUGGUCCGAUCGAUCGAUCGGAUCCAUCGGACAAGCACGUUUACGGUCGGACAAAAAUUUUACCGAUGGUGAAAUGAUGUCAUUUGAACGCCAGGGUUGCAAGGAAAGAACCUGAGCAGGAGGCUAUGCCACGUUGAUCACGAUCGAUCGGAUCUGUCGGACAAGCUGGUUACGGUCAGACAAAGAUUUUACCGAUGGUGAAAUGAUGUUAUUUUCAAAGCUAGGUUGCCAAAAGUAAAGAGCCUGGGCAGGAGGCUAUGCCACAAUUGAAGUGGCAAAUGUCAGAUGGUCCGAUCGAUCGGAUCCAUCGGACAAGCGUGUUUACGGUCGGACAAAAAUUUUAACGAUGGUGAAAUUACGUCAUUUGAACGCUAGGGUUGCAAACUAAAGUCUAAAGAGCCUGGGCACAAGCCUAUGCCAAAUGUAAGUGGCAAAUGUCAGAUGGUCCGAUCAAUGUAGUUAAAAAUGCUAAACAUUGUGUCCUGAAUACAUUAGAUUUUAAACCUGUGCCUCAUUGGAUAGCAUAUCCCAGACCCUAUAGAUUUGAGUUGCUGGAAGGUAGACUGAUCAGCGAAACAAGUUAGUGACGGAGUUGUGGUAUUCACAUAAACAUCCAAGGGAGUACUUAACUGAAGAUUCUAUAAGAAUAUAUCUACAGUAUAAUGUAACGCUGUGCAUCUAAAAAUCUGUUCACAAAAUGCACGAAAUGCAGUCCUAGGGGUGGAAAAGCACAAAAAUGUUCUGGGGGAAAAUCCCCCAGACCUCCCUUACUAUUACGUACAAUAGUGUGGUCCCUCUUUGUAGAUUACUCUCUCCCCACGGACAAAUUCUUAAAAAAGGCUCUGGCAAGGCAGGCAAGCAACGAAUGUUGGUGAGCGUUCCGUAUGGUGGUGCAUGUGAAUGUGACAUGAUCAUUCUUAAAACAUUUAAAUUUCGUAAGCAAAUAAACUAUCAUAGAACAUGAACAGCUGUAUAAAUAAACAAUUUUACUUUGUCACGUUUGGUGAAAACUAAAAACUAUGAAUUAUAUUUAAAACUGCACGCGCUAAUUCAGAUACCAACCGCGCAGAUUCGAAAACUAGACGCGCAAAAAUCCGGAAAAUUUUGAUCUCGGUUGCGCAAUUUGCAAACUUUCCAGUCUGGCAAAUCGGCGGAUUUGUAUACCCCUAUUGAACCCCCCCCCCCCAUUUAUUUAUUGAACGUUCUCUGACUAAAUAUUUAUGUACCAGUCAAUUCCAACUGCGAUCAUCCCCCCGGGCGAACCCCAGGAAUUUGAAUUUUCGAAAAUAUUUUGGUCAAAUUCCCCACUGUGCGGGCGAAAACCAUCGUCAAAUUCCCCAGGGUGCGGGCAAAAAAUUAAUGUGUAUAUGUGUAUUUGUACUGAAAGAACAUAUCAUUAAUCAUCACAAAUUAAUUCUAAUAUGGUAGGGCUCGAAAAAAAAGGCCAAUCAACGAUCAAUGAUCGGCAGCCUGAAAUUGUUUUUGAUCGGCGAAGAAGCAACGUUGCCGUUCAUCUUGAUCGGCAAGAAAGAUAUUUGACCUGCAUUGUCUGAAAGACAUGCUUAUACAGUACUACCUCUGAACCUGUACGCGGUAAAAGACAAAUAAAAGUAAUACGAAACACAUUCAGUGUUCUGGCUAGGGGUUCAGUUAGUCCUUUGAUAUAUGGUAGAACCACAAUUCCUGCAGAUGGCGUCUUUCCUUCAACCAGUUCGAAAAAUGACCGCACUAACUCUUCAGGGCUUGCUACAGUUUUGUUCUUAUGUUUUUUGAUCAAUCCUGAAAUUAAUUUCUUCGGAUAACCAUUUGAUGCCAGGACUGUGGUUACAUGAUUUAGUUCUCUUUCUUUGCUUUCGUCAGUGGUAGGAAGUGACCAGGAUCGGUUAAUAAGUGUUGUUGCAGUACUAAUUUUAUGCUUUUGGUCGUGGUGUGAUUAAUGAGUGUGAUAGAUAGUUUAAGUAACGGUCUGUGUGAGUGGGUUUGCGGCAAGCGGCAAUAAAAAUUAAGCCGUCGUUUCUAGAAACUAAUGUGUCAAGGAAAGCGAUCUUUCCGUCCUUUUCGUUUUCGAUAGUGAAGUCAAUGUGUGUGUGUCAAUGGAGUUUAGUGUGUCAUGAAAAGAUGAUAUGUUAGUCUUUUUUAUUAUGGAAAAACAAUCGUCUAUGAAUACCUCCGUGAUAAACCUAUCAAAGAAACCUCUUACCGACGCAGAACACUCCCUUCUUGAAAAAGGACCGAAGUUCGCCAUCGCACCUGCAAAGAUUCCACACAAAAACAUCAUUGCGGAAGUUGAAACAGCGAUCAAAAAUCUACCAGACGAAACUAAAGACAUUAUACGGACAAAUACAGCUUCCAUCUUAGACCGAGCACGCAUCCCUCCGCACAAAAACGUAAACAUCAACGAACGAAAAGUGCUGAAAGACUUGAAACAGGACACGACAAUCUUGAAUUAUCAUGAAAGCCGACAAAGGUAACAGUUUAGUCAUCAUGGACCGAGAGGAGUAUGACAAGAAGAUGGAAAACCUAUUGAAAGAUGAAACGACCUACGCUAUCAUACCUAAGCCACCAUUCAAACGAGUAGAACGAGAGUUAAAUGCCAUGCUACUUAACCUAAAGAAUCAAGAGAAAGUUCCUGAGAAUACUUACCGUAAACUACACUGAAGUGACGCAAUCCCUCCAGCCAUCAAGCAUCACAAAGUAGGUUACCCACUUAGACCUAUAGUUACUUGUAUCGACUCAGCUCUUUACGAAACUUCCAAAUUCCUUACAAAAAUUCUUUCUCCACUACAAAACAAAAACGGCUUCUCAGUAGCUAACUCUACUCAAUUCAAAAACGAAAUUUCCAACAUUACCAUAGACGAAGACGAAUCUAUGAUUUCAUUUGAUGUCGUUUCACUUUUUACAGCCAUUCCUGUUGACAAAGCGUGCAAAUAUAUUAGAACGAAAUUAGAAAACGAUCCGACACUUCCUGACAGAACUCAACUUGACAUUGAUGACAUUAUUCGACUUUUAUCUUUUGUUUUAUCUAACAGUUUUUUCGUUUAUAACAACACCACCUACAAACAAAUCCAUGGAUGUGCCAUGGGCUGCCCCGUUAGCGCGAUUGUUGCUAACUUGUGCAUGGAAGUGAUAGAAGAACAGGCCAUCCGAGACGCAACUUCACCACCUAAAGUUUGGAAACGUUUUGUAGACGAUUGUUUUUCCAUAAUAAAAAAGACUAACAUAUCAUCUUUUCAUGACACACUAAACUCCAUUGACACACACAUUGACUUCACUAUCGAAAACGAAAAGGACGGAAAGAUCGCUUUCCUUGACACAUUAGUUUCUAGAAACGACGGCUUAAUUUUUAUUGACGUUUACCGCAAACCCACUCACACAGACUGUUACUUAAACUACCUAUCACACCACCACCAAAAGCAUGAAAUUAGUACUGCAACAACACUUAUCAACCGAUCCUUGUCACUUCCUACCACUGACGAAAGCAAAGAAAGAGAACUAAAUCAUAUAACCACAGUCCUGGCAUCAAAUGGUUAUCCGAAGAAAUUAAUUUCAGGAUUGAUAAAAAAAAACAUAAGAACAAAACUGUAGCAAGCCCUGAAGAGUUAGUGCGGUCAUUUUUCGAACUGGUUGAAGGAAAGGCGCCAUCUGCAGGAAUUGCGGUUCUACCAUAUAUCAAAGGACUAACCGAACCUCUAUCCAGAACACUCCAAAAACAUGACAUUAAAGUUGUUUUUUUUUGGGGGGGGGGUUAUUAUUAGUUUUACAAUAAGAAAUUGAAGUCACAGACAACAGGACAAAUAAAGUCCCAAAUUAAGUCCUGCCAUACAUGAAAAUACUACGCUAUACUAUGCUAUACUAUACUAUAAACGGUUAUAAAAUUAACAAAAUACAUAGCUAGUUACAUAUUUACGGUAUUACACAUAAUUACAUUCGUACAAAAACUCAGAACAUGCACUUCUACGAACAACAAGACAUAAAACAAGAACGACAUUUAGAGCAAAACGUUUUCCAAGUCCUUGGCCUAUUAACAUCAAAACAUGCAUUAACUUUUUGAGUGUAGUGAUUAUAGUUUAAGUGUCAGUGGCUGAAUGGAGAGAGAGGAUUUUAUUUCUCCUGGCAGGCUGUUCCAUAGUGGUACUAUCCUAUUGAAAAAUAGGUUUCGGAAAGAAGAUGUUCUGCAACGGUUUGGUCGGUAUGAAUCAGCACAGCUCAAGCGAGUGUGAUGAUUAGUAGAAUUGUCUAGAAUAUAGUCUUCAAGUGUUAAGUCAUAAUAAUCAGCUUUGCAUUUAUAAAAAAACGUAAUAUCUUUUAUUUCGAACCAGUAUGAAAUAGGCAGUAGGUUAAGUUUCUUUAAACGGUUGGUGUAAGAUGAGGUGAAGUCUUGAAGGAUAUACUUGGUCGCUCGUCUUUGGACACUUUCAAUACAAAGAAGGUCCCUAGAUGUUGUUUGGGGUGCCCAAAUUUCACUGCCAUAACACAGGUGUGUACGAACAAGUGUCAAAUAGAGAGAGCGUCGACAGUUUAUAUCAGUUAAAUAUGUGCAGUUACGUCGUAGAAAUCCAAGCAUGCGGUUUGCUUUGGAAACAAUGUUGGAAAUAUGAGGCGACCAUUUUAGGUUAUUCGUAAUAAGUAUACCAAGAUCCUUUUGAGUUGAUUGAAAAGGGAUCUGACUGGAGCAUAAAAAGUAAUCGGGAGACUCGAUACAACGUUUCCGCGAAAAUCUUAUUCCAGAACAUUUCUUCAAGUUGAACUUUAACUUCGACGUAGAAGACCAAAGACACAGGGCUUGAAGAUCUGAUUGGAGGAGAUUAGAAUCGUGUGGAUUGUUUAUGAUUUUAUAGCAUUUACUGUCGUCGGCAAACAUUGGUACUUUGCCGUGUUUUGCUGCGUCAGGAAGGUCGUUAACGUAGAUCAAGAAAAGCAAUGGGCCAACAAUACUGCCUUGACGAACACACCAGAUGUUACAUCGAGGUAACUUGACGAGAAACCGUCAACUACCACGCGCUGUUUACGAGCGUUCAGUCUAAGAGCGGCCCAGUAAUACCAAAUUGGGAGAGUUUAAAAAUAAGUUUAUCGUGAGGUACCGAAUCGAAAGCUUUGGAGAAAUCUAAAUAGAUCAUGUCCAUUUACCACAAUCUAACGCUUUGCCAAUGUUGUAAACAACGUCAAGAAGCUGAGUAAUACAAGAUUUUCCCGAACGAAAGCCGUGUUGUUGGUCAUGAAGAAGAGGUUUGACAAUAUAUAAGACUCGGUUAUGGACCACAUGCUCAAGAGCUUUAGACACGAGAGAUAAUAAUGAAAUUGGAUGGUAAUUACUGACAAUAUGAGUUUUGUUGUUUUUGGGAACGGGAACGAUGUUUGCAUACUUCCAAUUUGCAGGAACCUUGCCGAUAGCAAUGGAUUUAUUAAAUAAUGCAGUAAGAGACGGAGCAAGGACUUCCGAACACUCCUUUAAUUCAUAAUCUUGCCGAAAUCCCGUCUGGACCCGUAGCUUUCGAUGUGGAUAGAGUAUUUAGCAGACGACAAACUUCUUUAACCGAAACAUCAGAAAACUCAGUUGGAGUUACAGGGACAGUGUUGGAUGGAGGGAAACAUGGGUUUUGGGGACAAGGAAGAAACACAGAGGCAAAGAAUUUGUUUAAAGCCAAUGAAAACCCUCGAACGCCAAUUCCCAUCUGCAAAACAGAAACCACCAACAGAAGAACAAAAGAACGUGGUCUACCAGAUACCAUGUCGAGAUUGCAGUUGGAGCUACAUAGGCGAAACAGGAAGUUCCCUGAAGACGAGAAAGUCCGAACACGUAAGGAAUGGGAAACAAGGCAAGAAGGGGUCGAAUGUCGCGAAACACGCAUGGACUCAAGAUCAUCUAAUUGACUUUGCCAAUGCUAAAGUAAUAGACAAGGGAAAUCAUAGAAACCUUAAAACCUUAGAGUCCUGGCACACUGCACUAACAGACGAAGCUGAUAAUAACUCUAAUACGCUUCCAGUUCCAGCACAAUACACAAUACUUUUAAGAAAGGAACUCAAGAAACAUUAAUUAAAUAUUUAUAUUCCUCAUUUGUAACAUAGCAUAGAUAGUCUCGUAUUUCAUACCACCUACUUAAGUUUAGCGUCCUCUAUAGAAUCAUUUGCAUACACCCGUCUAAGGCUAUAGACUGAUAGCCGAAAGCUCGUAGAAAUAAAUAUUUAGUCAGAGAACGUUCAAUAAAUAAAUUAUGGGUGGUAAAUGUUGUCAGGAAGUAACAGAUACUAUAUGCUAACACUAUACCGCAUAGUAUAAUUGUAUAAAGACUGUAUAAUGCACCGAUCAAAACGAAGGUGUAUCAUCCCCACGGGCAUAUACCCGGGCGUUUGACUUUUUGGAUUUUGCAGCGAUCAAAUUCCCCACCCCAAGUCAAAACACGAAGUUCAAAUGCCCUACAAUCCACAACUAAGUGGUGGUCAAAUGCCCCAUUGUAAAUUUAAUUUGAAGGUUAAAAUUCUUCAACUUUCAACUUUCCCAGUCCAUUCUGGUCCAACCAAUCUUGAACAUAUAAUUCACAUUUUGACUUCGAAAAUCGUUUAAUAAAGAUUUUUCCAUUUUCUUGAAAACACAAAAGAAAACAAUGUGCUUUUGAUUGACACAUUAAAGUCUGUGGUUUCUAGUGUCAGCGGGAAGCGAGUCUAUCUAUACUAGACUUCAUGUUAGGUAAACUAAGAGUUUUUUAGUUGUGGUCAAAUCCCUGUCAUCAUUAUAGGUGGAAUCAAAUGCCCCACCAGUUGAUAACAAAUGUCCUCCCCUAGGGAAAAUCACGAAUUGCAAAUGCCCCUCUCAUGCCCGGGGGGGGACCCUUCGUUUUGAUCGGCGCAUAAACAAUUGAACAUUGAUUCUCAGAUAUUAGAUAGGGGCUAUAUUUACAUAUUUUAUUAUAAAUAUCCAACUCCCUUCUCCCUACAUUUCGCCUGAUGUGAGGCGUCUGUAUUCGCAGUCUACCUUCUCCCCCAAUCGAGGAACUCAAUUUCCAAGGGAGUUAAUUAGUCAAUUUUUUCAGAUAAUUGGAGAAAAAUGCUGUUUCCAGAGGGGUUAAAAUGCAAAAAUGUACUUCUGGAGGGGGUAGAACUCCCUAAAAGCAGGGGUCCUCGCCAAGGGUGGGUUCAGCUUUUAAAUGUAAUAGCCCCAGAUAUCCUGACCAAUGAUUAUAUGUACAGCCAAUGAUGAUACAGCCAUUAUUUGUACUUAGGGUCCGAUUACAUGAACCAGGCAAGCCCGCUUUGCCGCCACUUAUUACUUAGUGCUGGUCAUAAAAAAUAUUGUAAUAUCAUAAUAAAUUAACAUAAGAAGCCAAAUUGAAAAUGCAAACAUAUAUUUACAUGUGGCCUAGCAGCAAGUGCAAAGAAGAGACCGGGGUGAAUUGUGUCUUGACAGGGCUUUUCACACAAUAUUUUCAUGACCAGCUCUUCAAAAAACUAACUUACAUGCUACAGUUCCGGCCGGAACUCUGAAAAUUCAGGGUUCCGGCCGGAACCGAGUUCCGGUGCACUGGCCCCUAGUAUCUUAGUUUCACUUUUCAUUGAUAUAAUUACAGCAGUAUCACUGGACCAGACAUACUGUCCGGUGAGAAAAGCAUUUUGCCGGACAUUUGCCCUUUUGUGUCAGACCGUGUCCAGCUGCUUAUUCUCAGGCUUGGAUCCAUGUAAUCACCCUCUUAAUUUUGGGGGACUUUCAUUUUGCAACUGUAGGAAAUUUUAAAGUCGCACGAAUAAAAAACCUAAUGAAUACAGUAAAUAUAUUUCCCAAUCAAAAUUUGAAUCGUAUUGAAAAAUUCUUGAUAAAUAUGAUCAACAGCAAGAUGUACAGUUCAUAUAUCGACAUAAAUAACAAAUUAUUUAGUAAUAGCCUUAGUAUUCAGCUACAGUUUGCAUCUUGUAGAGCAAAAAUAUCCAUCGACUACAUGCCUUCAUCUGAGUCACUGUCAGUUAUCAAUUAUAUACCUUAUGUUGACUUGUUUAGAAAAUUGUAGUUCAGAUUUUUAUGGAAAAUAAAGUGUUCAAAUAGCUUUAAAUUUGUGAAAUUUAAUGCCCUUUUUCUAUGCAUGCCAUGUAUGCAGUAAUUGUUCCUUUUCACAAUUUCUUAACACACAAAAAAGACAAAGGGAACAUUUUUUUUGGUUUCAUGGUUCUAUUAAAAAUUCCAGUAGUAUCCAGUAAAUAUCUGGACAAAUUUUGCCGGAUGUCUAUUUUUACCGUCUGUUUUUAUCUGUAUUCAGCACAUCCCUAAAAAUUAAGUAGGCACAAAAUUAAAUAUGAAUACAGUAUUUGACGAUUUUCUCAGUGAGAACAGGAUCAGAUAUCACAACUGACAACAACACAAUCAUAAAUGCACAGCUGUUGCAUGUACAGGACAUGUUUAUAUGUAAGAAACAUGGCACAUUGAUUUAAAUGGCCCAAGAUUUAAAAAUACAUAAUACAGUAUUCUUGUGGAAAGAAAGUGAUAUUAACAUGAAAUCAUAUUUAUAAUGUGCCAUUCUGUAACACAGAGUUAUAGCUACAAUUUAUAACUUUGUAUAUUGAAGGUUCGAAGGUACAAUGUUGAUGCCCUUGAUACAAUGUUAACAAGACGAGACAAGAGACUGACUCAGUCUGAAUAUAUUCAAAAGGUAAGGAAAUCAACAAUUCAUGAACAACUGUUUUGUAUCAACAAAGAAUUUGUAGUCUUGAGCUGAAUUCAAACUUGCAGGUUAAUUUAAUUUAAUUUAAUUUAAUUUAAUUUAAUUUAAUUUAAUUUAUAAACUUUACAAUCAAUAAAACGAUUGAAGGUACAGACAACAGGACUGAGGAGUCCCAAAUCAAGUCCUACCUACACAUUACACUGACAUUGUAAAACAAUAGAGACAGGUUACAGGUUUGUGAGGCUACUCUAUCCAUUGAGCUAUCGAGCCAACAGGGACUAUAGUAAUGAUCUGAGUUUUAUCCAAUUGAAGAGCACAUAUAUUUUCAUGAGGACUAAUUGUUGUCUUGGAAGACACACAGUGUUUCAAUCAUAUUUCAUAAUAAUCCUAAUUAACCCAUUAUAUUGCAUUGUGCCCUAAUGCACCCUACUUCAUUAUUCUUCUCUGUCUGAUGCUGGACAAUUUUCAGGAGAGCACUGGUGGGAGAGCACUGGUGGGAGCACUGGUGGGAGAGCACUGGUGGGAGAGCACUGGUGGGAGAGCACUGGUGGGAGAGCACUGGUGGGAGCACUGGUGGGAGCACUGGUGGGAGAGCACUGGUGAGAGAGCACUGGUGGGAGAGCACUGGUGGGAGAGCACUGGUGAGAGAGCACUGGUGGAAGAGCACUGGUGGGAGAGCACUGGUGGGAGAGCACUGGUGGGAGAGCACUGGUGGGAGAGCACUGGUGGGAGAGCACUGGUGAGAGAGCACUGGUGAGAGAGCACUGGUGGGAGAGCACUGGUGAGAGAGCACUGGUGGGAGAGCACUGGUGAGAGAGCACUGGUGAGAGAGCACUGGUGGGGGAGCACUGGUGAGAGAGCACUGGUGGGAGAGCACUGGUGAGAGAGCACUGGUGGGAGAGCACUGGUGGGAGAGCACACUAUCUGCUAAUGUGUCCAGUUAACCCAAUCCAUUAAGUCGCAUUGCACUCUAAUGUGCCCUACUUUAUUUUACUCUGUCUAACACCAGAUUACUUGUCAAGGGGAGAGGGAGCCUGGUGCUCAAUGGGUUAAAAAUAUUUUGUGCUCUUAAAUUGGAUAAAACUUGCUACCAAUCCCCAUCAAUUGCUCAAUAGCUGAAUGGGUACAGCGGCAGUCUAGGAAGCUGAAGAUGCGAAUCCUGCUUCAGCAUUGAGACAACAAAUUAUUUGUUGUCACUGGCUGUAAUGUCAGAAUGGAGUCUUUUUUAGUAAGGAAUUUCCAACAAGCUAGCAAUUUAUGGGAUGUUAUUUCUAUGAUUUUAGGGUUUGGACAAUUUGAAGACGGACUAAGAAGGUUUUAUGUUACUUUAUGGAUAUUGAAAGUAAAACAAAAUUUGUAUUGUUUGACAUGGUCUGUUUAAAUUGUAUGUAAAUGAGGUAUAUAACAAAUUGACAUUGUACAUCCAUUUAAAACAAAAAUGUCUGUGAUGUGUGAAAUGUGUCACUAAGUAAAAUAAACUCUAGGUGUUUCAAAGGAAUUCUAGAUUCCCCGUAUUACGUUCUCGUAG